UUGUUUACGGGCCCGAGCAGCCCUCGCUCCCGCCACCCGCCCGCCACCCGCCCGCCCAGGUGCCCGCCGCCGGUCCGCGCGUCCGUCUGUCCGCACGUCUGUCUGUCCCGGAGUCCGCAGAUCGCCGCCCAGAGCGUGCGGACGGACCCCACCGCCGCCAGGCCGGGCGCAGCGCGGAGCUCCGGGCCCUGAGAUCGCGGGAAGGGGCCCGGGCCGCAGUGGCCGGGGGGUCAGCGCCACCUCCACCGGGCCGCGCCACCGUAUUUGCAGCGGCCGAGCCCGCGCGCCCUUCCCGGGGCUGUCUCAAGGGCCCCGCUCGGGCCGGGGCCGAGGUCCGCAGGCCGCCGGCGUGGAAGAAAAGGACGCGGGGUCCCCAGCGCCUCUCGCGGGCGGCCGCCUCGGAGCAUGACCCCAGCGGGCGGGCGCCGCGCGCUUUGAUCCGCGGGUCCCCGCGCUGCAGCGGCCAUGGGCGCCAGGGACCCGCGGGGGGCGGCGGCCGCGCCGCUGCUGGUGGCCGUGGCCGCGCUGCUGGUGGGCGUCGCGGGCCACCUGUACCCCGGAGAGGUGUGUCCUGGCAUGGAUAUCCGGAACAACCUCACCAGGUUGCACGAGCUGGAGAACUGUUCGGUCAUUGAAGGACAUUUGCAGAUACUCUUGAUGUUCAAAACGAGGCCCGAAGAUUUCCGAGACCUCAGUUUCCCCAAACUCAUCAUGAUCACUGACUACCUGCUGCUCUUCCGGGUCUACGGGCUCGAGAGCCUCAAGGACCUGUUCCCCAACCUCACGGUCAUCCGGGGUUCACGUCUCUUCUUCAACUACGCCCUGGUUAUCUUCGAGAUGGUUCAUCUGAAAGAGCUCGGGCUCUACAGCCUGAUGAACAUCACCCGGGGCUCCGUGCGCAUCGAGAAGAACAACGAGCUGUGCUACUUGGCCACUAUCGACUGGUCCCGUAUCCUGGAUUCUGUGGAGGACAAUUACAUCGUGCUGAAUAAGGACGACAACGAGGAGUGUGGGGACAUCUGUCCGGGUACCGCGAAGGGCAAGACCAACUGCCCUGCCACUGUCAUCAAUGGGCAGUUUGUCGAGCGCUGUUGGACCCACAGCCAUUGCCAGAAAGUUUGCCCGACCAUCUGUAAGUCCCACGGCUGCACUGCCGAAGGCCUUUGCUGCCACAGUGAGUGCUUGGGCAACUGUUCCGAGCCCGACGAUCCCACCAAGUGUGUGGCCUGCCGCAACUUCUACCUGGAGGGUAGGUGCGUGGAGACGUGCCCGCCCCCGUACUACCACUUCCAGGACUGGCGCUGCGUGAACUUCAGCUUCUGCCAGGACCUUCAUAAUAAAUGCAAGAACUCGCGGAGGCAGGGCUGCCACCAGUACGUCAUUCAUAACAACAAGUGCAUCCCUGAGUGUCCUUCCGGGUACACAAUGAAUUCCAGCAACUUGAUCUGCACACCAUGUCUGGGCCCCUGUCCCAAGGUCUGUCACCUCCUAGAAGGCGAGAAAACCAUCGACUCAGUGACGUCUGCCCAGGAGCUCCGAGGCUGCACUGUCAUCAAUGGGAGUCUGAUCAUCAAUAUUCGAGGAGGCAACAACCUGGCAGCUGAGCUGGAGGCUAACCUUGGCCUCAUUGAAGAAAUUUCAGGAUACCUAAAAAUCCGUCGAUCCUAUGCUCUUGUGUCCCUUUCUUUUUUCCGGAAGUUACGUCUGAUUCGAGGAGAGACCUUGGAAGUCGGGAACUAUUCCUUCUAUGCCUUGGACAACCAGAACCUAAGGCAGCUCUGGGACUGGAGCAAACACAACCUCACCAUCACUCAAGGGAAACUCUUCUUCCACUAUAACCCCAAACUCUGCUUGUCUGAAAUUCACAAGAUGGAAGAAGUUUCAGGGACCAAGGGGCGCCAGGAGAGGAAUGAUAUUGCCCUGAAGACGAAUGGGGACCAGGCAUCCUGUGAAAAUGAAUUACUUAAAUUUUCUAGCAUUCGGACAAGUUUUGACAAGAUCUUGCUGAGAUGGGAACCAUACUGGCCCCCUGAUUUCCGAGACCUCCUGGGGUUCAUGCUCUUCUACAAAGAGGCCCCUUAUCAGAAUGUGACAGAGUUUGACGGGCAAGAUGCCUGUGGCUCCAACAGCUGGACAGUGGUGGACAUCGACCCACCCCUGAGGUCCAACGACCCCAAGUCACAGAAUCACCCCGGGUGGCUAAUGCGGGGUCUCAAGCCCUGGACCCAGUACGCCAUCUUUGUCAAGACCUUGGUCACCUUUUCCGAUGAACGCCGGACCUACGGGGCCAAGAGUGACAUCAUCUAUGUCCAGACAGAUGCCACCAAUCCUUCCGUUCCCCUGGAUCCGAUCUCCGUUUCUAAUUCCUCAUCCCAGAUUAUUUUGAAGUGGAAGCCCCCCUCGGACCCCAAUGGCAACAUCACGCACUACCUGGUUUUCUGGGAGAGGCAGGCAGAAGACAGUGAGCUGUAUGAGUUGGAUUAUUGCCUCAAAGGGUUGAAGCUGCCCUCUAGGAUGUGGUCACCGCCGUUCGAGUCUGAGGAUUCUCAGAAACACAACCAGAGUGAAUACAACGAGUCGGCUGGUGAAUGCUGCUCCUGCCCGAAGACCGACUCUCAGAUACUAAAGGAGCUGGAGGAAUCCUCGUUUAGGAAGACGUUUGAGGACUACCUGCACAAUGUGGUUUUCGUCCCCAGAAAAACCUCUUCAGGCACUGGUGCCCAGGACACUAGACCAUCAAGGAAACGCAGGUCUCUUGACCACCUCAGCAAUGUGACAGUGGCCAUGCCCACAGUACCAGUUUUCCCCAACAUCUCCUCAACCAGCGUGCCCACAAGCCUGGAGGAACACAGGCCCUUCGAGAAAGUGCUGAACAAGGAGUCGCUGGUCAUCUCCGGCCUUCGCCACUUCACUGGCUAUCGUAUUGAGCUGCAGGCUUGCAACCAAGAUACCCCCGAGGAGCGGUGCAGCGUGGCUGCCUACGUCAGCGCCAGGACCAUGCCCGAAGCCAAAGCUGAUGAUAUUGUUGGCCCCGUGACCCAUGAAAUCUUCGAGAACAACAUCGUUCACUUGAUGUGGCAGGAGCCAAAGGAACCCAACGGUCUGAUUGUCCUGUACGAAGUGAGUUAUCGACGAUAUGGCGAAGAGGAAUUGCACCUCUGUGUUUCCCGCAAGCACUAUGCUCUGGAGCAUGGAUGCAGGCUGCGAGGGCUGCCACCUGGGAACUACAGUGUGCGAGUGCGGGCCACUUCCUUGGCAGGCAAUGGCUCCUGGACAGAAGCCACCUAUUUCUACGUGACAGACUACCAUGUCCCAUCAAAUAUUGCAAAAAUUAUCAUCGGCCCCCUCAUCUUUGCCUUUCUCUUCAGUGCUGUGAUUGGAAGCAUUUAUAUAUUCCUGAGAAAGAGGCAGCCGGAUGGGCCGCUGGGACCGCUGUAUGCUUCUUCAAACCCUGAGUACCUCAGUGCCAGCGAUGUCUUUCCGAGCUCUGUGUACGUUCCGGACGAGUGGGAGGUGCCUCGAGAGAAGAUCACCCUUCUUCGAGAGCUGGGGCAGGGCUCCUUCGGCAUGGUGUACGAGGGCAAUGCCAAGGACAUCGUCAAGGGCGAGGCAGAGACCCGUGUGGCAGUGAAAACGGUCAACGAGUCGUCCAGUCUCCGAGAACGGAUCGAAUUCCUCAAUGAGGCCUCAGUCAUGAAGGGCUUCACCUGUCAUCAUGUGGUCCGCCUCCUGGGGGUGGUAUCCAAGGGCCAGCCAACGCUGGUGGUGAUGGAGUUGAUGGCUCAUGGAGACCUGAAGAGCUUCCUCCGUUCUCUGAGGCCAGAGGCUGAGAAUAACCCCGGUCGCCCUCCCCCUACGGUGCAAGAGAUGAUUCAGAUGGCAGCAGAGAUUGCCGAUGGCAUGGCAUACCUUAAUGCCAAGAAGUUUGUGCACCGGGACCUCGCAGCUCGAAACUGCAUGGUUGCCCAUGAUUUUACCGUCAAAAUUGGAGACUUUGGAAUGACCAGAGACAUCUACGAGACGGAUUACUACCGAAAAGGGGGCAAGGGUCUGCUCCCUGUGAGGUGGAUGGCACCAGAAUCCCUGAAGGAUGGGGUCUUUACCACUUUUUCUGACAUGUGGUCCUUCGGCGUGGUCCUUUGGGAAAUCACCAGCCUAGCGGAGCAGCCUUACCAAGGCCUGUCUAAUGAACAGGUGUUGAAAUUUGUCAUGGAUGGAGGGUAUCUGGAUCAACCCGACAAUUGUCCAGAGAGAGUCACCGACCUGAUGCGCAUGUGCUGGCAGUUCAACCCUAAGAUGCGGCCGACCUUUCUGGAGAUUGUCAACCUGCUCAAGGAUGACCUGCAUCCCAGCUUUCCAGAAGUUUCCUUCUUCCAUAGCGAGGAGAACAAGGCGCCCGAGAACGAGGAGCUGGAGGUGGAGUUUGAGAACAUGGAAAGUGUCCCCCUAGACCAGUCCUCACACUGCCAGAGAGAGGAGGGUGGGAGCCGGGAGGGCGGGUCGUCACUGGGCCUCAAGCGGAGCUACGAGGAGCAUGCCCCCUACACCCACAUGAACGGGGGCAAGAGAAACGGGCGGGCCCUGGCCCUGCCUCGGUCCGGUGCCUCCUAACAGCGCCUGUUUGGGGAAGGGGUUCCUGUCUUCACUCUCCUCGGGUUUGGAAGCCUCCAGAAAACUCAGGGUUCUCACAAUGCUACCACAGUGUCCAACGGAGCUCAGAGAUCGUUCCUAUCCAUUUCUGUCCCCCUUAGGACUUAAAUCACCCUUGUUUGCCAAGUUAACUAGUUGUCAGAGGAUUUAACUGUGAAUGAACCUAGAGGGGAAGGGGUUUCUGCAGCCGCUGCCCUUUUGGCAACCACACUUUCAAACCGGGAUGUUCUUUUUUUUUUUUUUCUUUCUUUCUAGUAGAUUGAAAGAAAGCACCUGUUUUUACAAAAAUCUUUUCUUGCCCCUCCCCCCCCGCACUGGUGACUGAGCUACAGUAUAAAACAUAAAAGUUGUGUGUGGAACAAAAGUUUGAAAGAAAAGAAAAAAACAACCCUAUUCCAGCAGAAUUCCAAGCUUUACAGGGUGGGCGUCAGGAAGGUUUUUCUUAUCCAGGCUGAAGGAUUUGUUUCCUCUUCACAAAAUCAGUUCCUCAAAUUGACCAAUAGCUGCUGCUUUUAUGCUUUGGAUGAGGGUCUGCAGCCCCGCGCGUGCUCUCGGGUGUCCACGCGCAGGUGUGCGCCCGUGUGCAAAGGGUUCGUGCCGGUGGAUGCUUUGGGAAUUUGCUUGUGAAGGUUCUGCUGUUCUCAAGUGCAUGAACUCGUGUUCCCCUUCCUCCUUCUUUCUUACUUACUGGGAGACUGUGCCCUCGACAGAUUCUUCUUGUGUCAAAAGUCUAGCCUCUUACUUCACUUUGGCGAAAAAAUGUUUUCCAGGAGCUAAGGGAGGAGCAUUUGGAGUGAUCGUGGAUCUUUUCAAGACCAAAUAAAGCCAGGGCAAAAAAAAAAAAAAAAAAAAAAAAAAAAGUGCAAAAAGCAAAACAAACAAAAAACCCAACUUCAAUGACAAAGAGUUUUGAGAAUAUAUUUAUAACAUAUUUAAUUUUUAAAAAUCUUCAGCAUUAGCCUCAUAAGUUAUUGACUAUUUCCCGGGGAGGGGUGGAGUCGUGGGUUGGUCCGUUUGUGUGGUCUCCCUUGAGUGAGACCCAAGUGACCUCUUUGUUUGGUCUUAAAGGCAUCCAUUUUCUGGGAAUUAAGCCACAUUCGCUGCUAACCCUUUUGGACGUUGUGAGGCCACAGUGAGCGUGUGACUGGGUUUUAUGGGUGGUCUGAUUUGGAUACCGAGGUCUGGUGGAAGGUUCCUGCUCAGAUAAGCUCACAGCUACCUAGGGCUGAGCCCGUCUCCAUGAACACCUAUGUUGGUCUCUUGGUCCUCUGUGUGUACCUCACAUGGUGUUUCCUCUCCUGGGUGUGCACGUCCUACACUUAUCGUGCAAACGCAAUAGUCAGAUCCCAAAGGGCAAGAACCUGGACGGACUUUGAGAACACUAAGCCGUAUAAAGAAAGAUGCACCCAGAAUAUCUUUUGGUCCCACCCAUCCUUGGAACAUGUGACAUCCUCAGUACUGAACUCCCAGAAGCUGCUCUGUGCCCAGGGACCUCAGCUGAGCCAGGUGUGGUGCCUGAGCAGAAUUCUCAGGUGCUUACAAUGUUGCGACCCCUAAGAGGGUAGAGUCUGGAGGAGACACUAUUAAAGACCUUCACACCACCGAGAACUUCCGAAUGGGUGUGAAUCCACAGUUUCUUCUCUUUGCAAAAAGAAUCACAGCUGCUCAAAUAAAGAACACAGUGAACUCA